AAGGUAACUCUAAUGAUGAUAGACCAGAAUAACAAAGAACAUAUACAAGAUACUUUCAAGCCCGAUCCGACAAGCUCUUCAUUCAAGAAACCAGAAACAGAAAUGAACAUCGCGAGCGGAUGUCCGUUAUUUUUACCCCUGAAGCGUCUGGAUGAUCCAAACUCUGCGUAUGUGAAGGAUGACGUCAUGUUUGUAAAGAUUAUGGUAGAU